AGCGACCCCCCGAAACCCCGACGAAUCUCCUCACAUUUUCGGAUCGAACUGUCUGGAAACUGAAAUUGUUUUCUUAGCCGUUCUACCCUCGCUGGAAUCAUAAUUUUUUCUCGUUUAAGCGUCCAUAUCGUGCUAUUAUUCUCAUUUUUUCAGAAUGUCCCUCGACGAACGCUUUGACGCAGCAGUCACAAUCAUUCAAAAACUACCCAAAGAAGGGCCAGUAAGCACUUCCAAUGAGCAAAAACUCGAGUUCUACUCAUUGUUCAAACAAGCCACCAUUGGCGACGUCAACACCGACAGGCCCGGAAUCUUCAGCCUUGUGGAGAGGAAGAAGUGGGACGCUUGGAACGCAGUCAAGGGAGUAUCCAAGGAGGAGGCUAAGGAACGCUACAUAAAGGCACUUCUGACGAUGUUCGACAAAAUCGAAAACGAAAUUGAUAUGGAUACAUGGCUGAACAAAGAAUGUGAUCCAAUCAUCAAGACCAACUUGGCGCUGCUUGGCAAAGCUUAGAACACUUUCCUGUUUGUAUAUGUAUGCUAUAUCUCAUAAUUAUUUAUAUAAUAAAAUCUUUAUCAACAC